AUGACAGAAGUAGACUUAUCGUCCUUAUGCUCUGCUACUCCGAAAGAUGCCGUGAAGCUUCAUGGAGAAUCGAUGAAGGUAAGAUUAUUUGAGAACCUUCUCGAGCGACAUAUCAAGAAUAGGCAGUGGCUCAAGGAUAGAACUGGAGAAGAAUGGGUUGAGAAGGUUUUCAAGGAGGCAGCAUUUUAUGAAGGCGUGGAUGAGUUGAUCUGGGGUCAAUUCUUCAUCUGUGUCUACAAAGACCCCCAAAGUACGAAACUCAGUGCACUUAUUAUUGAUAAGUUUGGGUUAUCCCACUUUAAUCCUGUGGAUAUAUCACCAAAGUCGCAGUUUUACCCAGCGAUUGAAAAUUUGGACCCAAAAGAACGGAAAUCAAACGUUAGGAAAUGUAUUGCUGUAUCUCUGCUACAAAAAUACGCUCAACUGCCUGAUGGAUGCAUUCAUCGCAUUCAACCCAACGGCUUAAAGUUUGAUUAUGAUCCUACACAUGCUGGUGACUUGGCCAGCGCAUGCAAACUCGUCGACUUUUGUACCCCAGAGAAUGCUGGAAAAAGUAUCAAAUCUCUAGGUAUUCUGGGCAGGAGACAUGUUCAAUCGUCGCUCUUAGAUGUUGUUUACGAAAGUAACUCUAACAAUUCAGAAGAGAACAAUCGCAUGGUCUUCAAUUUGGGGGAACAAUUAGAACAACUGUUUGAUCCACUAAGUGAAUACUCGCCUGAACAAACGGAAUAUAUUUAUAAAGCGCCAGAAAAUGAUGAGAGUUUAUAUCAGGACAAUCAGCUCGUGAAGUCGAUACUAAAUGAGCUUCUCGAACUACAAAUGGCUUUCACUUUGAGUUUGGUAGAGUUUUUGCAAGGUUUCCUCAUUAGUUUGAGAGUAAAGGUACUAAACAAUGAGAUUGAAGGGCUGUCAACAGUCAAGCUCAACCGUCUAUUCCCACCUACGAUCGAUGAAGUGACAAGAAUAAAUUGUAUUUUCCUGGAUUCUCUGAAGUCGGCUACACCCUACGGCGCAUCAGAGGUGCUGAAAGCAUGCAGUGUCACCAUUCCAUAUUUCUACAAGGCAUAUACAAGGCAUGAGGCAGCUACCAAAAACUUUAGCAAAGACAUAAAGCUAUUUCUGCGAAGAUUCCAAGACCUGAUCCCUGAAAAGGAUGUUUACACUGAAAUGAAGAUCGAAACUAUCAUAAAAGGUCCUCAAGAAAAACUACUGAAGAUAAAACUCAUCAUUGACAGGUUGUAUGAGGAGAAGGAAUGGCCUGAAGAACUUCAAGAGGAGGCACAGAGAAACUACAACAGUGUAGUGGAAGUAAUAGAUUCCUUUGGAAAAUUGGAAGUACCUCUUAGCUCAUAUAACACCAGGGUCUUCACUCCAUCUGGAAAAAUACUAACAGAGCUCGCCAAAGGGUGGCCCGUCGAGCUCCAAUAUAAAUGGUUGAAGAGAAGAAUAGUUGGUAUUUUCGAUGUAGUAGAUGCUAACGACUCAUCAAAGAGGAAGUUAUUAGUGAUCUUCAGCGAUUAUGUUGUUUUCUUGGAUAUAGCUCGUGCCGAGCUUUACUAUGCAGCCGAUGGUAAGAAUAGACCACAAAUCUCUGACAUACUAAUGAAUUCUCUAAUAAACGAAGUUCCUCUUCCUCCCAAGAUUCCCAAAUUGACAGUCAAUAGCUACUGUUUUAUUGACGAUGUGCUUGUUUCGUUAGUUGAGGGGAACUCCAUACGAAUCGAUGCUCUGAGAGAAGGAGAAUCAUUUAGUACUACGUUCAGAUUGGCUUCUAACUCAACCACUGCCUCCACCGUCGCAGAAUUAGUUGUUAAGGCCAAGAUACUCGAAAAGGAGACGGCAUUUCAUCUUUUCAGAGCUAUGCAAGAUAAUAUGACAAUAUACUCGACUGCGCAUGAGCUAGAGGCUUAUCAAAAUGAAAAGAUUAAAUCGAGAUUCAGUGUCUUUUUAAACAUGAAACCGUCCAAGGAUAUUCUGCAUAAAAAUAGGUUGCACUUAGCCAUUUUCCUCAAGUUUGUGACAGUGGGUCAGAAUGAACAGAUCCAAUUGGAAGCUCUAACGAGUGAUGAAAGAACCCGAAAGGCAACCUUUCCACCAGAAGAACUUGUACCUGCCCUCAUUGAGCAGUUGUCAAUCGAGAUUCCGGUAUGCUACUCAUCGAUUUAUUCCCCGCUCUACUCGAUACUAAUCGAGAUAAACGAUUUGCUUGUAAAGAAGAUAGGCCACCAUUUCAAUCCCCCAAUCGAAGAAAAAGAUUUAGCAAAUAGUGACCAAGCCAGCUCAUUCAUUCGAGAGCAUGAGAAGAAAAAAUCUUUUGGAACAAUAACAACUUACCGCAGUCAUGUCAGCGACUUCAAAGAUGCUACGAACGAACAGACAAAUUCUGGCGAAAGCCAUUCUACGCAUAAGAUCCCAGCGCGCACGACUGAUAAAACUACCAAAGCAGCCGCUAAUCAUCAAAAGUUGCAUAGCUCCAGGAAGAUAGAUAAUGCUAAGAAGAGAAGAAGCAUUGUGGGCCUCGUCAAAGGCAUUUUUAGCGGCAAACGCUCAAAGGACGAUGUGAUAAAGAAUAAGUCAAAGUCAACAACAAAACAAUCACCUAAAAUGCGCUCAAAGAAUAUGAGAGCAGAUGCGCUUGUAAUAAGUAAGCCCACCAUUUCCAAACCAAAUCCUCCAAAAAAUGAAACCGAGAUAUAUGAAAAGAGCCAACGGAUCUCAUCAGUCAUUAGGAAAACUGAAUUUUCACCUGUCGAGGAUCCGUUGAUCAAUGCGAUCGAGGAACCAAAAAUAGGUUCCGGUGCUACAACCAAACCCGCCUUGCAAAAUGAAGCUGUCUCACAGAACCCUCUAGACGUUGACAUAUCCAUCCAUUCUUCCACAAUAGAACCAAACUUAGUCGAAAGAGUCGAGAGAGAAGAAGCAUCAUCGAACCACUCGACAAUAAGGAUCGCGGAGUCUGCGAAGCAGUUCUACAGGCAAGCUGGGCGUCAAAGUCAACUUUUCAAUGACGAUUUGUUUGGGGAGUUGGGAAGUGAGCCAGCCACUGAAGCCAAUCAAAAACAGGUAGAUAGUGCAAAGAUCGAAUCAAAACCCAAGAGAAAGGAAAUGAUUACACGCCAGGACUCCUCAACUCUUGAUAGCCACACGGAGGGAAGUGGAGGUAGCGAUUUCGAUGAAGCGCCUCAUACUAAGAACACUGAUGAAGGUGAAAUGAGUACUGCACAUUGUUUCGACACUGAAACGGGCCGCGAUUCAAGCGCAAAGACUCAGCAGGAAGUGGAAAAGCUUGUCCAGGACGACAUAGUUAACCAAAAGAAGAUACAGAUAUUUCCGUCAAUUUCACCGCCAAAGCUUUCGAGAAUCAACAUUCAGCGGUCGAGCUCUUUUAUCGAAUUGUUUGAGGGUAUGAGGUUAAUUUUGGAUGAGUCAGAUGCUCAGUACAACUGGAAAUCAUUAUCAAAUGACGGUUUCUUACGUGAAGUUCAAGAAAGUGACGAACCAGCCACCAUUCCACAUGUAUUCAGACCUAUCGCCAUAGCGAACACUAAGCUGAUCCCAGACGAAACUGAAAAUUUAUUAAAUGGUAAACCUUCAUUAUCUCUGAAUCAAUGCGAAGACAUGUUUGAGAAUCAGGAAUCUCAGGAAAUAAGCUCACCUGCUUUGAAGACGAAUAAUGUCUCACCUGAUGCUUCUAAGGCAGUGAUUAAAGAAAGCAGCGUCGAUAGCAGGUCUAGCGAUCCUUCAAAAGUAAAAAGCCCACGUAAAAACGGCUUCAAAGUUGUUAAAUCAUCGCCAACUCGAAUCAUUAAAAAGCCAUUCCAGCAAAUCAAUAUAGAGGUUCCAGACCAAAAUAUGACAUACAACUUUUCAAUCUCCUCAGAUUUAAACCAGGGAGCGGAUAAGCGUUGGUUUGAACUAAAGCUGCCCUCACAAGAAGACUUGAACUCCGAGAUUUUCCAUACACCGCAUGAGGAACCGUCCUCUGAGUUCCCCGAGGAGCAGCACAACUCAGAAACACCAAGUCCCUUCGAGUCGGACCCCAAUGUCAUUGAGACCUCACAGGAUACCAUCACCACUGACAAGCCGCUGCAAAAGGGUCAAGACGCUCUAUUGGAGGACCUCGAAUUUAGUUCAUUUCAUAUGACCUUUGAUACCGCAGAGGGCAAUUCAGAACAAUCUCCUGAUACAUCUUCUUCCGAUGCAGCUGGUGCCACUUCAUCCCCCAAAGCUAAUUCACUGGUCCAAAACAACAAAAAAGACGGUCCUCUUCUUUAUCGACUACCGAUGACCUUUUCCACAAAAUUGUCACAGUCAGAAAGGGCCCCAACCGGAGAUGUAGGUGAGGACGAUGAUCCUAUCUGGGUUUCACCUAGCAAGCUAGACUUCUACGAUUUGAGUAAUACAGCCGAUUCAGGAGCAACUAAUUAUGAUUUGAAGGUCUCUGCAAGAAGAGAUGAGCGCAAAGAGCCCUCGAUUGGCGAUGAAAAUAUGGGGACAAAUAGAUAUUCGCUAAGAGAGUUGUCUUAUGCAUACCUGGCGUCGCUAGUGAGUCCCACCGAAACAAGCUUCGAGGUGGAUGAUAAACCUCAACGUUUACAAUUUCAGUGA